GCCCGGAUGUAGCUGGAGCAGUCGCCGAGGCGCGGCCACUCGCGGGAGUGGCGACUGGUGUUCCGGCGACCGCGCUCGGCAGGCUCAGGCUAUUUCUGAUGCUUGGAAGCUAUCCUUUCAGCCGUAAGGAUGGUAAUAAAUCUUUGCCUCCCGCAGUUCAGACCAAGAAUUUACUGCAACAAGAUAUCAGCUGAUGGUUAUGAAGUAGAAAAUCUCAUCUCUGAAGACCUCACAAAGAGAAGUCAUGGUUUUAGGACAGAGUAUUUCAUUAAGCCACCAGUCUAUGUGACAGUUUCCUUUCCCUUCAAUGUGGAAAUCUGUAGGAUUAACAUAGACCUCACAGCUGGGGGAGGCCAGAAUGUCACUGGCCUGGAAAUGUAUACAUCUGCCUUGUCCAGCAGAGUGUCUUGGAAUACCCCCGAGUGCCAGACCUCAGGCCCAGAUGAGCCAUCCAUUCCGGACAAAGAAGCGUUCACUUUGGUGGGCAAAGUCUUGUUGAAAAACCAGAGCCAAGUGGUGUUUAGCCACAAGGGCUUCAAAGCCAGGCCACCUUUUGGCCCGAUGGAAGCCACACUCCCCUCCCCUGCUGUUGUGGCCCAGGAGCUCUGGAAUAAAGGGGCUCUUUCUCUUAGUCAUGUGGCCCAUCUCAAGAUUUGUAUCACCCAUGUGACAGGCAGUGGUAUCCCUUGUAUCAAGCGGUUGGAAGUAUGGGGUCAGCCAGCCAAAACCUGCUCUCAGGAGGUGAUAGACAGUGUUUUGCUGGUUGCCUCAGAGAGCCUCCCUCAGGACUUGUCUCUACAGGCCCCGGCCUUGCCCAUGGAGAGUGACUGUGAUCCUGGGGGCCAGUCUGAGGGCCAGCAGGCCCCCUCCAGCCUACUGGAGCUGGCUGAGGUAAUUCGGGAUGUACCUGAAGAGUUCCUGGAUCCCAUCACCCUGGAGAUCAUGCCUUACCCCAUGCUGCUGCCCUCAGGCAAGGUCAUUGACCAGAGCACACUGGAGAAGUGUAACCGUAGUGAAGCCGCAUGGGGCCGAGUGCCCAGUGAUCCUUUCACAGGAGUAGCCUUUACUCCACACUCCCAGCCCCUGCCUCACCCCUCCUUGAAGGCCCGGAUCGACCAUUUCCUGCUCCAGCACUCCAUCCCUGGCUGCCACCUGCUUGGGAGAGCACAGACUGCAUUGGCAAUGACCCCUUCUUCCAUUGCUCUGCCCUCUCAGAAAAGGAAGAUGGAGCAGGGUGAACAUGCCCCAGACAGUAGCCUUGGCUUAAAUGCUUCCUGUUUUUCUACCACAAGCCUUCUGGUCUCACCCACUACCUCAGAGCACACUGCUAAGAAAAUGAAAGCUGCCAGUGAGCUCAUGGAUUGUUCAACAGGUCCAGUAUCCCAUGAGCAAAAGCUGUCGCAAAGCUUGGAAAUUGCCUUGACGUCAACCCUUGGCUCCAUGCCCUCCUUCACAGCUCGGCUGACCAGGGGACAGCUCCAGCACCUCAGCACAAGAGGGAGCAGUACUUCCUGGAGGCCAGGCUCCAGCUCGGAGCAGCCUGGGAGCAUCCUGGGCCCCGAAUGCACAUCCUGCAAAAGAGUGUUCUCUCCCUACUUCAAAAAGGAGCCCGUGUACCAGCUUCCCUGUGGCCAUCUCCUGUGCCGGCCCUGCCUGGGUGAGAAGCAACGCUCCCUGCCCAUGACAUGCAUAGCUUGCCAGCGGCCAUUUGCCAGCCAGGACGUUCUGCGGGUUCACUUCUGAGUGACUGGCCUCAACCUGAGAAGAUCCAUCGCUGGGAGGAGCUGAGGAGGAGCGAGUUGGGGUCAAAGCUCCUGAGGUCUGGCCAGGUCCCAGGCACAGGGGGGCCUCUGCUUUCUCGCGGGCUGUCCCUUUGUCUCCUCCCACAGCGUAGCACAUGGGCCUGCGGAGUGAGGGGUCAGGGAAGGGGCUCUCCACGCCUGCUCAAGUGGCAAUAGGAUAACAAAGCCAUAGUUUGAGCUGGGAGGGAUGGGGGAGAUGUCCCUGCCCUCCCGUGCCUCCCUGCCAACACCCCCUGCCAGAGCCCAGGGCCUGCUAGAGCCAGCCCCACCCUCUGAGGCCCCCCAGGUUGUCUGCACACACCCCUCAGCCUACAAGGUGGAUGUGAAUGUGGCUCGGGAUCUCAGAGAGAGCCUCCACCUUCAGUGUCACCCAAAAGUGGAGCAUGGCAAGGAUCUGUGGAGUGAAUGACUCAGCCCCUCUGACUGGCAAACCACUCCGAGCCUUAAUAAAGCAAUGGUUGACGUCUG